AUGGCCAAUGCACACAUCAACACAGCACUCGACAGCUUCUUCAACGCGAGCAAGUACGCGGUCGUAGGGGCUAGUAAGGACCCUUCCAAGUUUGGAAACAAGGUCUUGAAAUGGUACCAGACGAAUCACCUUGACGCAACACCUAUUCAUCCUAAGGAAGCUGAAAUCGAAAACAUCCGAACUCAACGUGAUGUAGCGCACUUUCUCGACACGGCAGGCACCACCGCAGACAAGAUAGCCAUCUCAGUUGUAACCCCUCCCAAGAUCAGCUUGGCGGUUGUACAAAAGGGCUUGCAAGAACAGGGUAUUGCUACGUUUUGGCUUCAGCCCGGGGCCGAGGAUGCUGAUCUGAUCAGCUGGGUCAAAUCACAGCCGAAUGCGAUCCAGGAGAGAAUCAUUUACGGUGGUCCAUGUAUCCUCGUCUCCGGUCGCCAGCUUGCUGCGGACAAGGGGAAACUCUAG